CUCUCUUUUCUCCUGCUUGCUUUGUCCUCUCGUUCUUGUCCUAUCUUGCUGCGUUUGCCGUGCGCCUUCUUCUUCAGAGAUCUUGCGCUCUUGAAGUUCAUCUCUUACUCCUUACUCCUACUCGCCAUCAUGUCGACCGCUCACGUCCUCCCCCAACCCAAAUUCCUCCUCGGAAUCCGCAUUGCCCAGCUCGUAGUUGGCAUCACCGUUCUCGGCCUCGCCGCCUACGGUGUGACCGACUUCUCUUUCGAUGGCGACUCCCUCAUGCUCUUCACCGCACUCGCCACCAUCAUAAUCUCCAGCUACGUCCUUCUCGCCUCCCUCGUCUGGCCCAUCAUCUACAACUACUGGGCGCUCCUGGGUCUCGACAUUUUCUCCAUCAUCUUCUGGAUCAUCUCCUUCUCCCUCCUCGCCUCCGAGAUUGCCGACUACAGCUGGGCUUUCCACGGCGGCUUCUCGUGCGCCUACGAUGCUUUCACGGGGCUUUAUGAUUUGUGCGCGAGGAAGCGCGGGGUGCUGGGGAAGCGCGAUAGCGUGUAUACGUAUAGGAAUGCGUUGGCGGCGGCUUGUGGAUUAGGGGGGCUAGAAUUCAUCCUCUUCACAAUAACCCUCAUAUUCCUCAGUCUCCAUCUGCACCGCCACCGCAAGGCAGACGGCCACUGCACACCGUCCAAAGCUCCCGUUCCCGCCCCGCCUGCAGAGCCUAAAGACGUCGAGUUGCAGAAUGCGCAGGAGCCAGUUUAUUAUCCGCCGCCCGCGGAAGGGGAGGUUGCGUGAAUGAGUGAGUGAGUGAGCGAGCGAAGAGGGGCCGGGAGUGUGGGAAAGGUGUAAGUGUGUAUAAGCUAUAUAUAUAGCAUUCAGACCAAUUCCUGGGAUGAAGAUGAAGAAGAAGAUAGAGAGAUACCCCUGAGGCUGAAUAAU